UUUUCGGUUUAUAAAAUACAUUCUGCAGAAACUAUAAACAUGGCCGAUUCACGCUGUUAUAUGAUUGAGAAAGGCUAUGAAGAAUAUAAAAAAGCAAAGCAUCUUAGCGAAGAAGAAUCAAAGAACGAUCCUGAAAAUGAGCCUUUCAAAUCUAAAUACAAAGCUAGAGAUAUAUUACUUUCCUUGCGUGAUAAAAUGAAUACAUUUUUAACUGACACAAAUGAUUUACUUACGAAAAUUUUAAUCGCAGGACUAAAUCUUCAACUGGGAGUGAAUCAUCUUGAGACAGAAGAACUGGGAGUCGGUGAGGAAUACCUUACUAAAAUUUUAAAAGACAUUGAGGAUCAUAAAUUGAACAAGAGUUCUUGCAACAUAUACCAAGAAGCCCUCAAUAAUUUAGGGAUUCUGUGGAGCCACCGAGGAGAAUUUGGUUUGGACGAAGCCGUGAAGUAUUUAGAACUAGCCGAAAAUCUUUACAAUGAUUUUAAACAUGAAGUAGGUGGAGCCCCUCAUUCAGUCGAAGAACUUUUCCGACCUGAAGGUGAGGAUAAUGAUCUUAUUGAACACGAUCGUGAUGUACACUUCGAAAAUACUUACACUCAUACAAUGUUUUAUCUAGCACAGGUCUAUGCUGGCAAAGGCAAUAGAGAACUUUCUGCUAAGUAUUGUCACCAAACUUUACUUAGACAAUUAGAAUCAAACCAGUAUAACCCAUUAGAAUGGGCUAUAAAUGCUGCUAGUCUUUCUCAAUACUAUCUUAGUGUGGAUGAUUAUAUGAUGGCAAGGCAUUGCCUCGCUAGUUCUUGUUACAUAUUACAGGAAGCUGACGACUCUACCAUUGAAAGUACUAACGACAGCAUUGCACGACGCAAAGCUGACAUCAGCCGCUGUUGGGCAAAAUAUGGUUUGUCGCUUCUUGAGUCCUCUAAAGAAUUCUCUAUAAUUAAUCUUAUCGGACAUUUGGACAGAACUGAUUUGGUAAAUGAGAAAAAAAAUUCAUCGGAAGCUGACCAUAAUGCAGAUAAGGAGCCGAUUGCUGAAACUGAAACUCCCGAAAAUUCGGAUAAAAACACAGCUCGAUUCAAACUGGAAUUAACAGAUCUGGAAGAAAAUAUGCCUGCAAAAUUUGUAAAAGAUUUCCCGUCUGCACGAGAAGUAUUUAUUGCUGUUCAGAAGUGGUUAAAUGACGCGAAAGAAUAUUAUGUUAUUGAUAGCUAUUGCAAUGAUUAUGUUGAAAUAAUGAGGGAUCAUAGUAAGGCUUAUAAACUGUUAGCGUGUUUUGAAACCGACCAAAACCGACAGUGUAAGAUGCAGAAGCGUCGCAUAGAUUUACUAAGUAAACUACUCGAAGCUCUUAAUGCGCAGCAUUAUCUCCACGUUUGUCGUCAAUUAAUGUACGAACUUGCAGAAACAUACUCCAGUUUAUUAGACAUCAAGGUAAACAUAUUUCAAAACGAGGAAUCUUCGAGGACACCACAUGCAAUUAAAAAAAUUAACUUAUUAGUCUCUCAGAGCAUCGACCAUUAUAUGAAAUACAUCCAUUCAAUCAAAGGUGGUCGUGCACAAUUGCCAGAUAAGCUCGACGAAUCUGAUGCUCGUCCAACAUUAAUUGCAUAUUUUUGUGUCGGCAACCUUUACACAAAAUUCAUUUGUUCAGAUGCGGAGAUGAAAAUCCAAAAUAUUGAAAGAAGGCUUGCAUGUUUCAAAUGUAUUGUUGAUUAUUGUCGUAAGGACCCAAAGGGAUCGGAAUUUAUUGCUAAUGAAUUGCAUAUAUGUGAAGAAAUGGUGGAACUUUUGCCCAGAAAAAUAGAACAACUUAAAAUGGACCCUUCAGCUGAUAUCACAUGUUAAUCUUAUUGUUUUCUUCUAUGGUUUAUAUCCUCACCUAUGCCUUGAGAUAUAUAACAACAUCUAUAAGGCAACAAACCCUUACUGGACUGGCCCUACCAUCAACUUGCAGUGAAAUAGUUUUUCCCACUUGGACUUACUAAAUCUUUUAUAGGUGAUCAAUUUCUGCUUU